CUGUCCUUGCAGCUUCUGCCGCCGCUCCGUCUCACUUCACAUUCCUGCACAGCGACGGAUCUGCGAAGAGCGCAGGAGGCUUUCGGUUCUGCUCCGUUUGUCUUGUGCCUUCCCUCCUGGAUUCUGCCCAGUCCAGUACUGUCCCAGUGCUCGCAGCCGCUCGGCAUGUCGGAGUUCUUGGUCAGCUUGCUUGGGGAGCGGCUCGUUGGCAGCCAGCAGGCCGAGGUGGACGUGCAUUCUCUGGCCGCCCCGCUGCAGCUGCUCGGGCUCUACUUCGGCUGCAGUCGGAACGGCCCCUGCGAGCAGUUCAACACCAGCCUGCGCCACUUCUAUAGCACCUUCAAGAAACGCUCGGAACAUCGCGGCGAGCUGGAGAUCGUAUUUGUGUCUUCCGACCAGGAUCAGCAGCUCUGGCAGGAGUUUGUGCAGGACAUGCCAUGGCCGUCUCUUCCCAUCAACGAGAAGCACAGGAAGAUGAAAUUGUGGAACAAAUACAAGGUGACCAGCAUCCCAUCUCUAGUGUUUAUUGACGCCACUACAGGGAAGGUUGUCUGUCGGAAUGGCUUACUAGUGGUCCGGGAUGACCCUGACGGUCUGGAAUUUCCAUGGGGACCCAAGCCUUUUGGUGAGGUGGUGGCUGGACCUUUGGUUAGAAAGAACGGACAGUCUACAGACAGCAGCACGCUGGAAGGAUCUUAUGUCGGGGUUUAUUUCUCUGCACACUGGUGCCCACCAUGCAGAAGUCUCACACGAGUGCUUGUAGAGUCAUACGGUAUGGUGAAGGAGUCAGGAAAGAAGUUUGAGAUUGUGUUUGUUAGUGCUGACAGGUCAGAAGAUUCGUUUAAACAGUAUUUUAGUGAGAUGCCCUGGCUGGCAGUACCAUAUUCUGAUGAGGGUCGAAGGUCUCGGCUCAAUCGACUCUAUGGCAUACAAGGUAUUCCUACACUGAUUCUGUUGGACACUGAGGGAAAACUGAUCACCCGCCAGGGUCGUGUCGAGGUGCUCAAUGAUCCAGGAUGUCGAGAGUUUCCCUGGCACCCUAAACCUGUUCUGGAGCUUAAUGAAUCCAACGCUGUGCAGCUGAAUGAGGGGCCCUGCCUUGUCCUCUUUGUGGAUGCCGAAGAGGAGGGAGAGCUUGAACCAGCCAAGGAGCUCAUUCAGCCAAUCGCCGAAAAAAUUAUUGCCAAGUACAAGGCCAAAGAAGAGGAGACACCUCUGCUGUUCUUCAUUGCAGGAGAGGAUGAUAUGACUGAUUCCUUGAGAGAUUACACCAAUCUUCCUGAAGCGGCUCCACUACUCACCAUCCUUGAUAUGUCGGCCCGGGCCAAAUAUGUUCUUGAUGUGGAGGAGAUUACACCAAGUAUUGUAGAGCACUUUGUGGAUGACUUUUUAGCUGAGAAACUAAAACCUGAGCCCAUAUAAUUCAGACUGUCAUCACCCCCUUCCACCCAAGCCCUUCCACAUGCCAGCGUGACGACAGACUGUAUUUCAAAGUCAGCGCCUUGCUUUAGUCUGUUCUUCUUAUGUGUUCUAACAUAAAAACAAUAAUGCAGCACCUGACAUGGAUCUGUACGUUUCAGUUAGUGUAAGUAGGACCACCAGCUUAUUUUAGAAGAUGCCAAACUGACCGCAAGCCACAGGAUCUCCCUUUCAUUUUUUUUUUGUUUUUAUAUUUUAUUUUAUAAAGAACAUUUUUUUCACAAGAGAUUUGAUUUGGCAACAAAAGUAAUAAAUAUGUUUUUUUAAACUUUAGUCUUCUGAAAAUCUAUUGUGUUUUUCUGCUGCUGGAAGCACCAACUGUUCUUUGUGGUCUUUUAAUAGGCACAGUGGUUUUUAUUCAACAUUACAAUUUGGAAUAUCAGCUUUUCUUAGCAUCCCAUCUUGGCCAGAAUACUACAAGUAUGCCACCAUGUUGUGUGGUGUGGGCAGCAUGACUUAAACUGUAAUACACAAAUGUGUCCGUAUAAACUACUCCAUGGACUCACUGUGAGACGGUGAGCAUGUCGCUUAAACUUCCAGUGCUUUAACAUUUACAACUUUGCAAAUGAUUCAUAGAAAGUGAUUUUAAAUAAAGCUGUCUUUUAAAUAAAUAUUACUGUACCACUGA